GGAUUUUCCUUUUUCCUUAUCGCCUUUUCCUAGAGAGUUCUUACUUAGAAAUAAGGUAUGCGCUCUGAGGCUAUUUCAAAACUAGUGAUGCAUAACGAUGAUGAUGAUAAUAAGCCUUUAGUGUUCAAGAAAAGUGUUGUUAUACCCUCAACUGUUAAGGAUGGAGACUCUGAGGAUGAUACCAUAAUCUCCUCGCGGAAAUCCACUGCGCCAGAACAAAAGAUCAAUAGCGAUGAUGAGUCAGAUGAUGAUGAAGCUCCAAUAUCGUCAAGUUUACAAAAGAAGAAGCAUGUCAACGAAAUUUCAGGUAGUGAUGGAAAUAAACUUCUGGUUAAGAAGUUUCAGAAUGGUUCCAAGCUUGAAAGUAAAGGGACAAAGGUGUCUGGCAAGAGACUUCUUGAGAAGGACAGUUCUACACAUCAAUCAUCCAUGAAAAAGCACAAGGCAUCAUCUUCAUCUGCAAAACAAGAUUCUGCGAAAACCGAAAAUUUAGAUAGAAAGAGAAAGGCUGUGGUAUCACCUAAUGAAACUGAUGAUGAUGAUGUUCCAAUUGCCAAGAGAAUCAAGUCAGAUUCCUCUAACAGUAAAACACCAUCUGCAAAGCUUAAAGUAACAAAACAGAGUUCUACUUCAUCAUCUAAGAAGCCGGAAGUGACAAGAGGAGCUUCUCCCCCGCCCAAGAAAAGGAGCAAAAGAUCCAAGAAAGACUCUGAUUAUGCAAAGUCUUCAAAAUCUUCACCUUCUGGAGAUGGGAAAAAGAAAUGGACUACCUUGGUGCACAACGGUGUCACCUUUCCACCACCUUAUGAACCUCAUGGUACCAAGAUCUUAUACAAGGGAAAGCCAGUCAACUUAUCUCCUGAGCAAGAAGAGGUUGCAACGAUGUUUGCUGUGAUGAGGGAUACAGACUAUUACAACAUACCACUAUUUAGGAAGAAUUUCUGGAAUGACUGGAGAAAACUACUUGGAAAGAAACAUGUGAUACAGACGCUAGAUGAUUGUGACUUUACCCCAAUAUAUGAGUGGCAUUUGGAAAAGAAGCAGAAGAAUAAAGAGAAAAAAGGGAAAAAACAGGAGCAGGAAGAGAAGUAUAUGUGGGCUAUUAUAGACGGUGUCAAAGAGAAAAUUGGGAACUAUAAGGUUGAACCUCCUGGGUUAUUCAGAGGCCGGGGAGAACAUCCUAAGAUGGGAAAGUUUAAGAGGCGUAUACAUCCACAUGAUAUCACUCUAAACAUAGGGAAAGAUGCUCCUAUCCCUGAAUGCCCCAUACCUGGUGAAAGAUGGAAAGAAAUAAGGCAUGAUAACACAGUCUCAUGGCUAGCAAUGUGGAAUGAUCCUGUUAUCUUAAAAAAAGACAAGUAUGUUGGUCUGUCAGCUAGCAGUUCUCAGAAAGGACAAAGCGACAAGGAUAAGUACGAGAAUGCCAGGAAGCUUAAGGACCACAUAGAAAGUAUAAGAGAAGCUUACACCAAGAACUUUACUUCUAAAGAUGUUUUAAAGCGUCAGAUAGCUGUGGCUACCUAUCUCAUUGAUAAAUUGGCACUUAGAGCUGGUACUGAUAAGGAUGAUGAUGAGGCAGACACUGUUGGUUGCUGUACGCUAAAAGUAGACCAUGUGGAGUGCAUUCAUCCAAAUCAGUUAAAGUUUGACUUCCUUGGUAAAGAUUCAAUAAGAUAUGAGAAUACUGUUGAAGUUGAGCCUCCUGUUUACAAAGCCAUUGGACAGUUCAAAGCUGGUAAAUCCGAUUCAGACGAUCUUUUUGAUGAGAUAGACGCAAACAAACUGAACGCUCAUCUUAAGGAGCUUAUGCCUGGACUCACAGCUAAAGUAUUCCGUACAUACAAUGCAUCCAUCACCCUGGAUAAAACGUUGCGUCGAGAAACCAAAGAUGGUGUUGAUAUAAACCAGAAAAAAAUAGUUUAUGAUCAAGCCAACAAGGAGGUGGCCAUAAUCUGUAAUCAUCAGCGUGCUGUUACAAAGUCUCACGGUGCACAAGUCAAGAAACUGAAAGAUAAGAUAGAUGAACUCAAGGAGGGUCUUAAACAACUUAAAACCAAUCUCAAGAGGGCUAAAAAGGGAGAAGCUCCACUAGAGGGUUCAGAUGGAAAGAAAACGAGAAACAUAACUCCAGAAGCGUGGGAGAAGAAGAUAGCUCAACAGAAGAUGAAGGCUGAAAAGAUGGAACAUGACAUGCAGACAAAGGAAGAUUUGAAAACUGUGGCCUUGGGAACGUCAAAGAUAAAUUACAUGGAUCCAAGGAUCACAGUUGCGUGGUGCAAACGUAAUGAAGUACCCAUUGAAAAGAUGUUCACCAAGACUCUUCAGGAGAAAUUUACAUGGGCAAUGGACGUGGAACCUGACUUCAGAUUCUAAUUUGCAGCAGUAGCCACACAGCUUAAAGAGUUUCUGAUUCUCUACGCUGUAUUCAU